AUGUUGUUGAAGAGAAUAAGAGGGCAGCAGCUUUUAGUUUCAAUAGCUCUCUUGAUCUUUUGUCCAGUUUAUAUGCAACUCUUUCUGGUUGAGACGGUUAAGCUGGCUCCAAAGAGGGACCAAGAUUCAGCUUGCUUGACUACGCCAAUUAAAAUUAUCCAGAAACGAUACAAAUCAAUGAAAGAUGCUGCUACAAUAGUUAUGAGUAGUCCAACAUUAAGGGGCAUAUCUCUGGUUUCUUUCUUCUUUGAGUUGGGAAAGUUUGGCAUCAACUUUGUCUUAAUGUACUAUCUGAAGGCAGCUUUUGGUUUUGACAAAAAUGAGUUCUCAGAAAUUCUGAUGCUUAUGGGAUUCGGUUCAAUUAUUUCACAGAUGUUGGUGCUUCCACUAAUAAAUCCAUUGGUUGGAGAGAAGGUGAUAUUGUGCAUAGGAAUGCUUGCAUCAAUAGCUUAUGCAUUAUUCAAUGGCCUUGCAUGGGCACCAUGGGCUAUUUUGAAUUUUAUAGUUUCUAUUCCUCCUUUUGGAGUUAUAAAAUCAAUCAUGUGUUAA